AUAAAUUACUAUUUUGAGUGCUUAGUCAAGUGUAAAGAUGAUCUGGGAAACCGGGCAAUUAACGCAUCCAAGUGGGGCUGGCUCCCGAUUUAGUUGAAAGGGUGAAAUGGGUGGGUUAGGCUGCAUCGGUGCCAUCAAAGUAAUGCUCUUCGUGUGUGCCAUUGGCAGAAAUGCCCACUCCUCUCCGUCGGAGUCGCGUUACAAGUGGACUACGAUGGACUGGCUGGAGGCCCAGAAUGUCAGCCACGAAGUUCACAAUGUGACCACGGCGGAUGGCUAUCAGCUGCAGGUGCAGCGUCUGCCGCGUCUGGGAGCUAAGCCUGUGCUCCUGGUUCACGGAUUGCUCGGUUCCUCUCUGGGAUGGGUCUGCAUGGGGCCUGAACGGAGUUUGGCCUUCCAGCUGCACCACCGCAAAUACGACGUGUGGCUCGCGAAUUUGCGCGGAGUGGCGCCCUACGGACGGCAACACAUCGACUUGACCGACGUGAUGCUCGAAUUCUGGCGCUUCAGCUUCCACGAGCAUGGCGCCUACGAUUUGCCGGCCAUAAUUGACCACAUGGCGAAGGUCACAGGCGACGAGCAGCUGGAGAGGGGAAAAGGUUCUGGGGCGGAUGGGGAGGAAAUGCACCAUCAGGUGGUACUAAUUGGACACUCCCAGGCCUUUAAUGCGUUCCUGGUGCUUUGCGCUGUGCAUCCGCGCUUCAGCCAGCGCAUACAGCUCAUCCAGGCACUGGCACCUCUGGCUCGACUGCAUCGCCAGGUGAGGUUUGACUCCUUCCAGGUGCGCCACCUCAUGAAGUUUGUCAAGAAACGCCAGAAGGCAAAUAAGUUCGAGAUCUUUCCACCCGGCUACUUUCGAAAAACAUGCCAAGCCAAACGAGAUCUUUGCGAAUUUUACGCCAAGCAGCUGGCAGGCAGCGCCCAAAACAACAAAAAGCUGUUGGAAGCUUUUAACUACGAGUCUCUACUGCAAGGCGGUUCCCCGCGGGAGAUCAAACACUUGCAGCAGAUAUGGAAAUCGGGCGACUUCAUCUCCUACGACUUCGGAACGGCGGAGAACUUGCAAGUAUAUCACAGCGUGGAGGCAAUCAGUUACAAUAUAAGCCAGAUCACAGUGCCGAUCAUAUUGUAUUUCGGGGAAACCGAUGCUAUUGCCACGCCGGAAGGAGUCCAUGCGAUAUAUGCCAGAAUGCUGAAGUCGGUGAAGAGUGUGCAGAGGAUUAACUCCAAGAAGUUCAAUCAUUUGGAUUUCCUGCUUUCCGGCGAUGUUAAGAGUCUGGUCAACGACAAAUUAAUCGAGCAAAUGGAACAGUUUCUCGAGGGGCGGUUGCCCUACGUAAUUGAAUGACCGCCAAAUAAAAGAAACAAGGUGCCGUCAAAGACCCAUUAUAAUGGAAAUAACACAAAAUAAUUGCCAGCGAAA